AUGGAAAAACAGCAACUUCAGGAAAAGGAGACCGGCCGGCUGCUGGCGUGCACAAAGCCCGCAGCCUGGGGGAAGCUGUCUAGAAACCAUCAAGGGCUUGCUGUGGUUUCCAAGGUCCCCAAAUACUUGUCACAACAGUGGAAUAAAGCUUCAGGAAGGGGUGAAGUGGGAAAACUAAGGAUUGCCAAAAAUCAAGGAAGAACAGAAGUGUCAUUUACUUUGAAUGAAGAGCUUGCAAGCAUCAAUGAUAUUGGAGGAAAACCUGCUUCAGUCAGUGCACCAAGGGAACAUCCAUUUCUUUUGCAAAGUGUGGGAGGACAGACCUUAACAGUGUUCACAGAAAGUUCAGUAGAAAGCCAACCAGAAGAAAAAUCUGAAAGCAGUACUGAUAAACUUUCCUUGGAAGGAAUAGUGGUGCAACGUGCUGAAUGCAGACCUGCAGCUAGUGAAAAUUAUAUGAAACUGAAAAGAUUACAGAUAGAAGAAUCUUCUAAACCUGUAAGGCUAUCACAGCAGCUGGACAAAGCCGUAACCACAAACUAUAAACCGGUGGCUAAUCAUCAAUAUAACAUUGAAUAUGAGAAGAAGAAGAAAGAAGAUGGAAAACGGGCUCGAGCUGAUAAACAACAAGUGUUGGACAUGCUUUUUUCAGCCUUUGAGAAACAUCAGUAUUACAACAUUAAAGACCUGGUGGACAUAACCAAACAGCCGGUGAUAUACUUGAAAGAAAUUUUAAGAGAAAUAGGCAUCUACAACGUGAAGGGGACCCACAAAAACACAUGGGAGCUGAAGCCAGAAUACAGACACUACCAAGGAGAAGACAAGAGUGAUUAACAAAAGCGUUUACGAAGCAAGAGAGAAUUGGAGUGAUUGCACUGAGGGAACCAUGGUGGGUUUACAGACAGGACUGAGCACAGCGCAAUUCUGCAAGGUUCAAGUUAAAUUAAAGCAUCUGAUACUUUGUAAUUUUCUGUAGCUUCAUUUUUUUUCCAAGGAAUAUUUCUUGUAUGUUUCACUAAGUGUUUUGUCUUUUGACAGGAAAAAAAAAUUUAUAGAACAAACUUGUAUUAGAUUUAUCUUUAUUAGAAAUCUUUUGAGUUCUUAUCUUACUUUUUCUUGGUAGCUUUGUGGCUUUUCCAAGCCUCGAUGACUUUGAAGGGAAACGUCCUAGAGGACCCCGUAACUUUGUGGGUUUGCAUUCCAGUAGGACCAGAUUAAUACCCUCACUUCUGCUGGGAUCUGUCAGGGCUUCCUCUGGAAGGCUGCAAAGGUACACCACCCUUUGCGCAGUGUUUGGGUGGAAGGGACAUGAUGCUCCUUUUGGGAUCAGGCUUUAGGAAAAACAGCCACAACCGCGGUGCUCAUCACAGUCCUUAGACUCCAUGGGAACAAAUCAACAGUUAAAAACCCGUAAAGUGAAGGCUGUUGGAUACACAGGUCUGUGGGAAGACGACAAUCCCCUCCAGGUGAUUAGUGAGAAAAAAAAUGAAAUACCUGUCUAUUAGGUACAUCAAGGAAUAGAUUUAUCUUUUGUUCGUUUUUUAUGAUGUUACCUGUUUUAUGUUUAAGCAUAUCAAUAAAAGCGUUAUUUUAAUUUGUAUCAAGCAAUGUUCUACGUUAUUGACUGAACACGUGUUGGCAUUUAUAUAGCAUAGGUAUGAAGGGUUUUUUCAAACCAUGUUUUUAUUGCUGGCUUUGCCACUGGGUUUCUGUGUGUUUUGGGGAAGACUGCUUAAUCCCUGUCUCUGUUCCCCCAUUUUUGAAAUGCACAUUGCAAGGGUUGUCUAUUCAGCAUCCUUCUUGGGAGGGAGCAGGGAGGGAGAUGGGAUGGGACUAUUUAAUUAUAUUCUCAAAGCUUUUACGCUAAAAAAAGAGUGAAGAAAACAGAGUGGAAAAACCCUCCUUAGUAUACCUGUAAAUGAAGCAGAAGGUGAGGUUUUAUAGCACAACUUUCACAUUCCCUCAGGUCCUUCAGAUGUGUGCAUCACUUCUGCACACUAAUAAAAUAAUAGGUCUGCGUGAAAAGCAAACAUGCCGGUUUUGGUCCACUUGGAAGCAGUGAAAGGUUCGGAGGGGGGUCAAAUGCCUUUGGAGGUUUGUAAAACAACUCUGACCCUUUAUGCAUAAGUGACACAUUUUAAUUUUGCUCAAUUCAUUUUUUCUAGAAUUAUUUGUGUAGGUAUCUCUCUACAGAUAUGCUUCCCGCUGGUGCUCAGCUUCCUGUGGCUUGAAGUGCCCGGUUCCUGGGAGGUGGACUACUGAGAGUUUUUGAAGGGCAGAUCACGUUCCAGGGAUGUGUGUGUGCGCUUUCAUAAAUAUUGCCGUCGACCCCUGCCUCCUCAGGCUCUACGAGCAGGACCCAGCUUGCUAACGGCUGCGGGGCGUAUCUGAGGAUGCUGAGAGGAACCCAGGAAGUCAGCCUUCAUGUCUUGCUUCGGUACAUGAUGUGCUCCCCAGCAAUAGCCAGAGCCUGCACACAUUGCUGUCCUCCUCAUGCUGUUUGAGUCCUCCGGAGACUUGCGUUCACAACCAUGUAGGAUGAGAACUCUUGCUUUUCAUGAGCUGGGCCUCUCUGUUGGAUUCGUGUCCUGUUUGAGCAGCUAAGGUACCUAGAAAGUCUAGGUCAGCUUCUCCCUUGUGUUGCUCCUCACGUGGUCUUCUAAAACCACGCAGGGGAAUGCCAUGCAGUCCUGAUUUAGUAGUGUUGUAAUCCAAUGCCACAGGUAAAAAUGACCAUGCCGUUUCAGAGGGAAAAGGUUGCCUUUAGUGGGAUCCCCAGCAGGAUUAUCUUAGCAGGAAAGUAUUUUGGAUCUGCUUGUAUUUUUGGUUUUAUGCGAGUUGACUGCUUCACAAUUUGUCUUCAGUUGAGAGGGACAUAAUCAGUCAGCGUGAAAUGCCAGAAGAUCUAAGUAAAGUAGGUAUUUUAUUGACCUGCAGAGUGCCUUUCGACAGGGCAAAUAGGCUUACGAGUAAUGGAAAGUGUACAGAGCAUGCCAUUUUUUAUGGGUUUUAUGCUUUUUACCAAAAAAACUAUUUUUAUGGGCAUCGUUAAAAAUGAACGAGCAACAGAAAGGUUGAGGAAACCCAAGGUGCCCUGUUUCACUUGCAGCUUCCUCUGGAGCAGCACCAGUAAGGUGCUUCAAGGUAAAAGGGGUACAGGACAAUGAGGAAACUAUUUAAAAAAACAGCUGGGAAACAUUAUGCCAGGAUAAACUAAGAAAAGACAUCUAGUGGACAGUCUAGAAGCCAGGCAGCUCGUGAAGCAUUUUUUUUCCUGCUUCCUGCAUGAUUUUGAAGGCUUUCUAGCUUGUUAGUGUACAACUGGAAUUUUAGCCCCAAGAGCAGCCACAAAAUCCACGUGGCGUGAGAGAGGGGCACAACAAGCCCGCGGGGGUGCUGAGCAAGAGGAUGAAAGAUGCUCUCCUGUGCUGUGCAUUCAAGGACUCUGCUGCCUCCUGCAUGGAGGGAGCGCGCAGUAAAGAUGGAGGUGGAGUUGUUUGUUAGGUGCCGUUUGCAGGUCAUCAUCCAGCCUGCAGCCAAGCCACGGGGUCUUGCAGCACAAACCACCCUAGCGACAGAAGCAGCGGGGUAGACAUGCUGCUACAGGCCCCACGUUCUCCCCUUCUGCAAUAACUCAAGGUAUCGCAGGACCAGUCUAACUUCACGCAAGGCUGCGAUAAUGAUUUAGCAUUUAGGGCAACCUCAUGAUCCAGCACGUAAUAACCAGCAAAAACUCUCCAGCUCCGCUCCGCUUGUUCUGCAAGGGGACCUUACGCAAGUGCUGUUAGCAGGAU